AUGUUGCACUACGGAGGCUCGGUGGGGAGGAGCCGGGUUCCUGUUAACGCGGGGCUCCUCGCCCCCUCGUGCGGAGUCCAACAGCAGCAGUUCACCCUGCACAGCCCUCAGCUGCUGGCCAGCCUCCAGCUCCAAAAGCUCAACAGCCAGUAUCACAGCUCUCCCCUGCCCUCUGCUCCCCCCCCAGGGGACACACUGACUCCAGUCCCUCCCCAGCCACCGGCACAGGGGCCCCCGGCCCCUCCCUCGCCCCACCCCCCCGGCAUCAUCGACACCGACCUGAUUGACGAGGACGUGCUGAUGGGCCUGGUCCAGGAGCUGGGGUUGGACCGAGCCGCUGAGCUGCCUGAACUCUGGCUCGGACACAACGAGUUUGACUUUGCCUCGGACUUGGCCACCGGCAACGCGGUGACCUGCUGACCUGCCCUUUCAUCCCUGGACCCAACCAAUCACAACGAGAACUCCGCACCCAUCCCAACUCCUUACUGAACUGGUCCCAAGUCGUUCCUUUACUGAGCAGAUCUGAACCGCUCUACAAGUGAUGGAGACACUUAUGUUUGCAGACUAUAAUCCGCUCCGUGGGACGUCCUCCCGAUGUGAAAGGCGCUAUACACAUGUAAUUAGUUGUUGUUUGUACUGAUCCAUUCCCACCCUGGAAUGACUUGCCUUCUGCUAACGUGCUCUGACUGGCUUCAAUGCAACUUGACUGUUGCUUGUGGAUGAAAAGGUUCCCAAACCAACUUGAGCGGCGGAGAGAAAGAGAGCUUUAAGGAGCUUUUUACAGGGAACUGCGCCAGGAACUGACAGGGAGCCUGAAGCCAAACUGGCGACGCUUCUAAAUACACAAGAGUUCUAGAAAAAAACAGAGUUGAGGAUCAAUAUUGCUGUUUUAGUGUGCCUUAAGUAGGUUGCUGUCUGUAAGUCAUUCUUCCUACUGUUUUCUUCUGUAGUAUCAAGUUUCAUUUCCUUUCAAGUUACAGCAGCAAAAUGCCUCUCCAUCACUUCUGUGGUCAGUCAUUAACAGCACAGCUCUGGAGGAGGAGGUGUGCAUCCCCUUGUGGACACAAAUGGAAUUACCAACUGGAAUCAUUCUGUUGUGAAGGUUCUGUGCUCUCAAUGGCAAUCUAUGUGGUUCCAGCUGGUU